AUGAAGAAGAAGGUUUCGCAGCAGAAGUUGAUGUACAGAUGGAAGAGGAAGGUAUUCGCCACUUUGAUGUUCGCUUUCUGUGUGGGGAGUUUCGCAUUUAUCCAAUCUCGUUACAGUAGAAUCACUGCUUCGCUCGAGUCCUCCUUAAAGCCUCGUCUCGAUCAGAAACCACAGAUUUCCUUCCUGUUCAUUGCUCGGAACCGUCUCCCUUUAGAGUUUGUCUGGGAUGCAUUCUUUCAGGGUGAGGAAGGCAAGUUCUCAAUAUAUGUUCACUCGAGACCUGGAUUCGUUCUCAGUGAGGCUACGACUAGAUCCAAGUACUUCUUGGAUCGGCAAGUUAAUGAUAGUAUACAGGUUGACUGGGGAGAAGCAACCAUGAUUGAAGCAGAACGUGUAUUGCUCAGACAUGCACUUAGAGAUCCAUUUAAUCACCGCUUUGUUUUUCUUUCUGAUAGCUGCAUACCUCUGUACAGUUUCAGCUACACGUAUAAUUACAUCAUGUCCACACCAACUAGUUUUGUUGAUAGCUUUGCAGAUACAAAAGAUAGCCGUUAUAAUCCUAGAAUGAAUCCCAUAAUUCCUGUUCAUAAUUGGAGAAAAGGAUCACAGUGGGUCGUUCUGAAUAGAAAACACGCAGAAAUUGUGGUGAAUGAUACCACCGUCUUUCCUAUGUUUCAGCAGCAUUGCAGGAGGAAAUCGCUUCCAGAGUUUUGGCGAGAUCGUCCUGUACCAGCAGAAGGCUGGAAGGAACACAACUGUAUACCCGAUGAGCACUACGUUCAGACAUUGCUAUCUCAAAAGGGUCUAGAUAGCGAACUCACACGACGGUCACUGACUCACUCGGCUUGGGACCUUUCGUCCUCUAAAAGUAAUGAACGUCGUGGCUGGCAUCCUAUGACGUACAAGUUUUCUGAUGCUACUCCUCAUCUUAUACAGUCCAUUAAGGGAAUUGAUAAUAUCAACUAUGAGACCGAAUACCGACGAGAAUGGUGUAGCAGUAAAGGGAAACCAUCACCGUGCUUCCUCUUUGCCCGGAAGUUCACUCGUCCAGCCGCUCUUCGCCUGCUCCGCGAGUCUAUCUUGUUGAGGGACAAAGAGCAAAAACAUUAA